AUGUACUCGCGCACAUCAGUGCCAGUGACCGUCGAUGGAUACGACUUCCCCGCCGAGAGUUCGUUUGCUAUUCACAACAUGGGUAUGGGACGAUAUGCAAAGGAGUGGGGAUUUAAGGAUGAUGACAUAGAUCCGUCAGCGUUUAGACAUGAGCGUUGGGCUGAAGAAGGUCUAUACUCACGUGUAACCACACAUAAUGUGUUCAAUCCCUUAGGAGGGGGCCAGAGAAGGUGUCCUGGUAUUGUCUUGGGUCAAGAGGAGGUGCGGAUGGUUUUGGCUACGAUUCUCACAGAUUACGCCUUUGAAGCAUCAGAACACCAUGACAUGGACUUCAAGGCUGCGCUCACACUCGGGAGUCGAUAUGGUGCCUGGGUCAAGGUGCGCAAGACAAGUGAGUACUUAAAAAAAUGUGGAGGCGGGUCAGAAUAUUCAAGCACCGGGAGCACAAUAAAUAUUCUAUUUCCCUGA